AUGGUAAAGACAGACCUUCCAGGAAACCCAGUCGUCCCGGAACCCCUCCCCCUCUCCGCCCAAGACCCCAUCACCUUCCCCGGUGCCCACGAAUCCGUUCACCCAAACCACAACCCCUACGACCAACCCUACCCCCUCGACUCCCUCGGCACCCAGAACGGCGCAAUCCACUCCCACUUCCUCGAUCAUCUCGCGUCUUACCCACUCUUCCACGACGUUACCUCCGCGCUCCAGAGCCACCCAUUGACGGCGAGGGCAGCAAAGACGAUAAAGGGGAGUGUGGCAUAUGUCGCGACCUAUACGGGUCCUAUUAGUCCUUAUCUCGCUAAAGCCGAUGCGAUUGCCGAUGGUACGUUGGGUAUGGUCGAGGAGCGCUUUCCGGUCCUCAAAGCCACCAAAGAGGAAGUUGGGCAAAAGGUUGAGGAUGGGGUCGGUGUGGUCAAGUCUACUGUCGGGGUCUACGCCCAAGCCGCUGAACCCUUCGUCAAAGAACGUGUCGAGCCGACUGUUGGGCCCUACCUCAAGCCCGCCUUGGACAAAGUCGAGGGCGCGUUGAAUACGUACCUUCCCGGGCCGGGUGAGGGCGAGAACAGGAGUGAUGCAGGCUUCACGAUGUCCUAUGCCGAAGCCGCCGAACGCGCGAACCACCCCGACUGGCAAUCCGCUUCCUCCAUCAACGAGGACCGCGACUCCCAGCCUCAGGUUCCGCGCGCAUACAACCUCGCACUCAUGACCGCUUCCCGCGUCCUCCCCGUCGUGUGGAAUACGACGUCCUGGGCCCUCACCCAUCCCCUCGCCAUCCCGGGCGCAUUACUCAACACCGCCUCGGACGUGACGACCAAAGCCACCACAGCGGCGUAUGAUAUCGCCGACAAAGCCAAAGACGAACUCAACCGCGUCUACGAAGCCGAACUCGAAGCCCGCGGUGACAAACCCGGCUCCCGUCUCUCCUCCCGCGUCCGCGCAGGUUACGGCACAAUCUUCACCCUCCGCGACGAAGCCUCCUCCGCGAUCAAAGACGUCGUCAAACCCCGCGUCGAAGUCGUCAAACGCACAGUCGGGGACGUCGUCGUCGGCGUCGAUAAAACUGCGGCCAAAGCGGUUGAUUUAGGUGUUGAUAUUACUGUGCAUUCUAUUCAUCGCCUUGAAUCUGUUGCGGGGAGGGUCGAGCGUAAUUUGGAGUCGGGGGCGGAGUAUGUGCGUGGGAGGGGAGAGGAGGUUAUCGAUACGACGAAACGGGCUGCGGGGGUUGUUUACGAUGCUGCUGGGAACGUGAUCGAGCAGGCUGAAGACGUCGCUGCGCCCUAUGUCGACGCGGCUGCCGAACAAGCCGCCGUCGCGAGGGAUAGGGCGUUCGAGACUGGUGAGGAGGUACUCGGUUAUGCUGUCGGUACUGCGGAGGAGGUCGGGAGGGGCGUCAGGAGUGCCGCCGAGGGUGUCGAGCCCUACGUGAGGGAAGGCAUCGAGACAGCCAAGACAGGCGCCAAAUACGCCCAAGCAACCGUCGAAGUCGGCGCAGAACAAGUCAAAGUCGGCGUCGAUGCAGCCCGCACAAAGGCCUCUGAAGUCACCUCUGACAUCUCUGCCAAGGCCUCCGAGGUGAAGGAUGAGGUCGAGGCGAAGGCGGGUGAGGUCAAGGGAAGGGUCGAGGCGAAGGCCGGAGAGGCGAAGGCGAAGGUUGAGGAGAAGGCUGGGGAUGUGAAGAAGAGGAAGGAGGAGAUUGAUAGGGAGGAGAAAAUUGGGGGGAGGUUUGGGCCUGGGAAGGGGGUCGGGGAGGAGCAUGAGGUUAAGGGGGGGGAGGGGACGAGGGUUUUGAGGGUUGUGUGA